AUGUCGUCGCCGGCGCGUAGGGACGGCCGCCGUGUCGCUGCCACCCCGCGCCGUCAACCGGCAAGACGCGUCCGCACCCCGCAACCACCAAACUCGGACUUUGUCGAGUUUCUCCACUCGCUGCUCGACAUUGCAUUCACACCAAUCACAUACCCUCUUCGCCUUAUCCGCGACAUUCUCACGUCCCCGCUUACCAUCUCGGUCGUCCUCAAGGCCGUCCUCGUAGUGGUCCUUGUCGUCUCGUCUGCGGUAUUCUCCUUCCUCGCCGUCGGCGCAUUCUGGUGGUCAUGGGGCACAGGCGGAAACGUCGAAGUGGAAGGAUGGCUCGUGUACGGCUCGCGCACGCAUCGUACACCGCAUGCGCUGCUGGCUCUCCCGCUGGACCGGUUCCAGGAGGACUUGCCGUACGACGUGCAAGUGGAGCUCGAGCUGGUACGACCCAACCGGGAUUCCGACGACAUGGGCAACUUUAUGGUCACGCUCGAGCUCCGCAGCCACCGGUCCCCGGAGACGGUUAUCAUCCGCGCGUCUCAGCCGUCCCUGCCACCGCCACCUCUUCCGCCCAGCGUCGUGUACGUGCCAUCGUUGCCAACGCGCCUUAUUCCUCCAUGCCUGUUGCCUUGGCCUUUCCGUGGGCUCUGCCCUUCGCGACUGCUGGGAUACUCGGGGGUCCCCACGGCCAAGAUCAAGGAGCGCCGGCGUAAGGGUACCCUUGCCUCCCCCGCGCGGGGUAACGAGGUGGUGCUUUUGACCAAAGAACUUGUCGAAGGCGCCACUGUUUUGCCAGGACGGGGCGACCACACUGUUGGAGCGGCGUUUGUCAGUAUCGGCCGUGAAGACGAGGACAUGGGCAGCAGGUUCUACCACGAGGUCAAGACGACUGGGUGGGUCGUGGUCCGCUUCAUCCCGCACCCGACUGGGAUCCGUUGGCUCCUCACCUCCAACCCUAUCCCACCUCUGAUCCUCCUCCCGCCUCUCUCGCUCACCCUUACCAUUUCGUCGGCGCUCAUUGGCUUCAUUAUCAUUUCAUGGUUUGGCCGCUCGAGUGCUGCCAAGAAGAAUGCUUCGACCAAACACGGCAAGGGCAAAGCAUCCCCUUCGCCCAAGGUGUCGCCUUCCCACUCGGCACGCGAUUCUCCCCGCCGUACAAGCUUUACCGAGUCGGAUCGGGAAAAGUACGCUCACCACGCGAGAGCAUGGGCCGAUCUCGAGGACCGGCACGACGAAGGAUCAGUUCGGGUCGUCAGUCCCACACGAGUGCACGCAAUCGAUACUCCCGACCAUCCCUUCUCGCCGACCGCCUCCUCAGUCUCCGCCUCGGCUUCGGGCGAUGGAGAUACCUUUUCCACAGCCUCGGUGUCUGUGUCCAAUUCUGUUGCUGGCGAGACGGCUACGGACUCUGGCUCGGCGACGGGAACGGGGACCCAUGAGACGGGGGAGGGAAGCGCCACGGAGACGGAGACCGGGGACGAAACGGAGAGCUGGGAGAGUGGAAUUGAGCACUAG